AAGCCAUCACACUCGCGCUUGGCACGCCGGGGAGGCGGCAGUGGGCUUGGUGAUUUCUGGAGCACUGAUCGCGGCGGGAAACAUGCCAUCCACCGACUGGGUUCACGAGCUCAAGGUCGUGGAGCUCAAGGACGAGUGCAAGAAGCGCGGACUGGCGGUGUCGGGCAAGAAGGCCGACCUGAUCGAGCGCCUGGAGUCGUUUCUCAAGGAGAAUGAGAAGAGCCCCUCUGAGGAGCCGGUUGCCGAGGAGGCUGAGGAGUCUCCGGCGGCGGCGGCAGUAGAGGAGGCUGAGGCUGAGGAGGAGCCAGCUGCUGCAGUCGCAGAGGAGGAGGAGGACCCAGUGCCAGCAGCAGCAGCAGACGAGGAGCCUGCUGCCAUGGAUGCGGAGCAGGCUGCUGACCCGGAGCCCCAGGCAGAGCCGGAGCCGGAGCCAGAGCCAGCGGCAGCGGAGGCUGAACAGCCGGCAGCAGCGAUGGAGGAGGAGGCUCCAGCACCUGCAGCGGAGCCCGAGCCUGCUGCUGCUGCGCCCGAGGUGGCUGCCCCGGCGUCAGUGGUGGCUGCUGAUGUGGAUCUGGACUAUGGAGAGGAGAGCGAUGGGGACGGCGCGCCUGCCCCAGCCGAGCAGCAGCAGCAGGAGGAGCCAGAAGAGAGCGGCAAGCGCAAGCGGGAGGAGGAGGCCGGCGCAGCCAGGCGGGGCGGCGGCAGGGAGCGGGCGGCGGCGGCGGUGGCGGCGGCGGGCGGCUCGGCGGAGCGCCCCAGCAAGGUGCCGCGCAGUGGCAGCGGCUUCUCGCUCGGCACCGCAGAGAAGGGCGAGGCGCUGGCGCCUGAGGAGGUGCCAGUGGCGGGCGAGCCGGCCACCCGCGCGCUUCGCAUCGACGGCUUUGUGCGCCCCUUCACCGAGCGGCAGGUGCGCGAGCUGCUGAGCGAGACGGGGCAGGUGCUGGCGCUGUGGAUGCCCAGCAUCAAGACCCACUGCUACGCCGUGUUUGAGAGCAAGGCGCAGGCGGAGGAGACGCGAAAGGCCACCUAUCACCUGCAGUGGCCGGCCACCAACCCCAAGCGCCUGGCGCCCCGCUUUGUGCCGCUGACCGAGGCGGAGACGGCGAUUGGCACGGGGGCCGGCAAUCCCGACUUCCGCCUCAAGCGCACAGAGGAGGAUGGGGAGGAGGAGCAGGCUGCGGUGCAGGAGGCGGUGCCGGCCGUGGCAGCUGACCCAAAGCCGGAGCAGGCGGCUGUGGACAAGAGCCAGCGGGAGUGGAACCGCAACCGCCGCAGCCCCUCGCCGCCGCUGGAGGGUGUGCGCGACCUGCGCGAAAUGCUGAGCCGCCGGAUCAGCGGCCGCAGCAGCGACGCGGCGGCCGGCGCGGCGGCGGCGGGCGCGCCGGCGCCGGCGGGCGCGCCCCGCACCGACCAGGAUCUGCCGCCGGGCAUCGGCCGGCCUGGCGAGCGCCGUGGCUCGCGCGACCUCGAGCGGCGGCUUAGCGGUCGUGGCGCCCCCCCGCGGCAGGAGGACCGCGUGCUGACCCUGGAUGAGCUGUUCAAGAAGACCACCAGCAAGCCCUGCAUCUACUGGCUGCCGCUCACAGAUGAGCAAGUGGCGGAGAAGAAGCGCAAGGCUGCCGAGGCGGCGGCUGCUGCUGCGGCGGCGGUGGCGGCUCCCGCGGCAGGCGCUGCCCAGCAGCCUGCCGAGAAUGGCACGGCGGCAGCCACCAGCUGA